GGGAUUUGGGGGCACGUGCGUGGCAGUGCUGCUGGCCGCGAAAGCAGGGUCCGACUGGCGCCGCUUGCGGAACUGACCACGGGGAAGGCGCGGGGGGGGGGGGGGGGGGGGGGAAGAGAGGGAUGCAACGGAGUCAGGAUCAUGAUGAUCAUGAUGAUCAUGAUGAUGAUGAUGAUGAUGAUGAUGAUGAUGAUGAUGAUGAUGAUGAUGAUGAUGAUGAUGAUGAUGAUGAUGAUGAUGAUGAUGAUGAUGAUGAUGAUGAUGAUGAUGAUGAUGAUGAUGAUGAUGAUGAUGAUGAUGAUGAUGAUGAUGAUGAUGAUGAUGAUGAUGAUGAUGAUGAUGAUGAUGAUGAUGAUGAUGAUGAUGAUGAUGAUGAUGUGGGCGCCACGCCUGGAGCUGCUUGGGGAAGCGGACAACCAGCGAGGAGUGCGUAGCGAGUAAGAUGCCAUGGGGAUG